AUGUCUUCAUCGGCAAGCGAUGAGAAGGCCAUGUGGGAAGCGGGUGUCUUUGAUGCUCACUGCCACCCCACUGACAUCAUGGCGUCAAUCCAGGACAUCGCCAGUAUGAACGCUCAGGCUCUCACAGUAAUGGCUUCCCGCCGUGAGGACCAAGACCUUGUCGUGGAUACUGCCGAUAGGUAUGCUGUCGGCUCGAAAGGAGAAGCUGGUAAUCGUGAUCGAAAAGCUGUUGUUCCGGCUUUUGGCUGGCAUCCAUGGUUCUCGUACCAAAUGUACGAUGAUCGCAACUCCCCGGAGCAGGUAAACGCAAUAGAACACUACAGAGCGGUGCUGACGCCAGCCCCUGAAGAUGAUGAGUUCCUCAAAUCUCUUCCGGAGGUUGUGUCACUUGCGAGAUACCUUGAUGAGACUUCAGCACGGUUAGAGCGGUUUCCUCUGGCACUGGUGGGCGAGAUCGGUCUCGAUCGAGCUUUUAGAUUACCGAGAGCUGUGUUUGUCUCGGCUGGCGACCUGUCGGAGAAGACAGGUGGGUCUAAAGAAGAGUACACGCCAGGUUCCCGCGAGGGUAGGCCUCUGACGCCCUAUCGAGUCGGUCUCGAUCACCAGAAGGUCAUCUUGAAGGCACAAUUCGAGCUCGCUGGGAAAUACAAACGACCUGUCUCCGUUCACAGCGUGCAAACACAUGGGGCGAUCUUCGACUUGCUUCAAGAGCUCUGGAAGGGUAACGAGAAGCCAUCUAAGCGAGAACAAAAGCGCCAGCGAAGCAGUUCAAAUCUCCAUCCUGACGAUCAUGAUAAGCAAACCACCGAGAAUGAAAGCCCGCGACGUUAUCCGCCUAGGAUUUGCAUGCACUCUUACUCCGGUCCUCCAGAUGCGCUCAAGCAGUUCCUUGCUAACACGGUGCCGGCCGAUAUCUACUUCUCCUUCUCAAUAUGUAUUAACUUCUCGACUCCUGCCGCGGCAAAGGCCGAAGCUGUCAUCAAAGCCCUACCUGACGACAGGAUACUGGUUGAGAGCGAUUUUCAUUGUGCCGGAGAGAAAAUGGACCAACUCCUCAAGGAAAUCGUGCUGAAGAUUUGCGAAAUCAAAGGCUGGCAGCUCCUACAAGGGGUCCAACAGCUUAAAAGAAACUGGAAGAAGUUUGUGUUUGGCUAA